ACUGUUACCUGUAGGGGGCAGUCAUAAUAUACCUAAACAUAUAAAAUAGGAGAACCUGCCUGAAAUAGAACACUAAAGAUCUGUGGAUAAACUGCCAUCCACAAAAGGUAAUCCUUUUGCUUGGAUUAGUGUCACUUUCCAGGAAGGUCCCCAGGGGACUGAGAGACCUUCACCAGUCAGCCAAAUGAAGAGAUAUAGAGUGAACCUUGGGCUGCGGUUGUUAAACUCAGGCUAUAGGACUCAUUUGGAACCAUUAUCGUAAAAACAUGCCCAGGCUUUCCCAAGACAAUCAAGAAUGCCUCCAGAAACAUUUCUCCAGCCCAUCCAUAUGGAAGCAAUGUCUGCCUCUGCCUAGGGCUGAGGGAUAUAAUGCAAACAUUCACCAAACCACGAGAAAAGAAGAGAACAACAAAGCUGUGUGUGAUAUCAAGAUCCCAGAUUUGACUUUUGCCCAGAAGCUUGUCACCCUCCUUUCUAGCACCCUCUACAGCCUCAUGCAGUUCUUCUCUCACCUUCUCCCGAGACCCCCUCCUGAGACUCCCCAGCAGCGCUUGGACUUCUCCCGCCCGCUUCCUGCCAGGCCAGGAACUGGGCUAUUGGGGGGAAACAAGGAGUGGCCAGGCCGCCUCUUGCUCCUGCUCCAGGCAGCUCUGACAUUUCCUGGCCGAAGCCCAGGGGAACGCCUGCCCCAGGAAGAGGACGCCAGCGCCGGUCAGCGCUCGUUCACACCCCUGAUGGGGUCAGAACGGAUGGAGAUGCGGAAGCGGCAGAUGUCUACAGCCCAGGAGACAUCAGAUUCCCUCCCAGGCCAACAUGGAAUGGGGAACCGAGGAUCCAAUGCUUGUUGCUUCUGCUGGUGCUGCUGUUGUAGCUGCUCUUGUCUCACUGUGAGAAACCAAGAACAGACACCCAGGACAGCUUCCCAUGAGCUCAGAAGAGAUGACAUUCCAAACCAUGAAGAAAGCACCACUCCUACUCUGGAAGAGGUAAGCUCCUGGGCGCAGUCCUUUGACAAGCUAAUGCUCACUCCUGCGGGAAGGAACACUUUCCGUGAGUUCCUCCGAACAGAAUUCAGUGAAGAAAACAUGCUUUUCUGGAUGGCAUGUGAGGAACUGAAAAAAGAAGCUAAUAAAAGCAUUAUUGAGGAAAAGGCAAGGAUCAUAUAUGAAGACUACAUUUCUAUUCUUUCUCCUAAAGAGGUCAGCUUAGACUCCCGAGUAAGAGAAGUCAUCAAUAAGAACAUGGUGCAGCCAUCUCAACACGUAUUUGAUGAUGCACAACUCCAGAUUUACACUUUAAUGCACAGAGACUCGUAUCCCCGAUUCAUGAAUUCUGCUGUCUAUAAAGAUUUGCUCCAGUCCUUAUCUGAGAAGUCAGUUGAAGCAUAGGAUGUUAUAAAAUAUAUUUAUUAUUAAUAAAAUAAUAAAAACUCAUGGAUGAAGUCUAGUACAGGGAAUUAAGAGGUAGCAGUGUUUUCUGCUGGUGUAAUAUUCAGGCUAUUUUAAUAGCAGAUGCUUCCUUCCACAGAAGAUGAUAUAUUCACAAUAUAAAUUGCAGCCACCUUUAGUGAUACUUUUGAAAAAAUGGGCAUGGCUGUAUUAGAAAGAUAGUAUAUAUACAUUUACAGUAAUAGUAACAUAUCCUGAGUGGCAAAGGAUACACUAGAAGACUCCAUACUGCCUGGAGUAUGUACAUUCACUGGAGCAUACUGGGCUGCUUUUGUUCUGUAUGAGUUCAGUACCUAAUUACUAGCCUCCCAAAGAAAAGAUGUGCAGGUGUCUCUCAGAUACUCCUUUCCAACAAGUUCAGUUUUGUAUAUGGCCAAAGCCAAUGGACAUAUCCAAAUGGCUUUGGACAUAUCCAUGCACUAGAGCCAUUCCAAGAGCCAAAUUCUCAUCUUUUUCUUUUUUUUUUUACAUUUUUUAAAAUUUUAUUUUAAUUGUUGUUAUAGUAUAAUUUUCUAUCUUUUACUCCCAUAUGACAACUUCUUGUAAAAAAAUGGAGUCCCACUUAAUCUUAGAAUACAUGUAUGUAGGUACAUAUAUGUGUGUCUGAAUCUAUCUAUGGGUAAGGUAAAGCACUGUGCUCUGAAGUGCAUCAGUCUCAAAUGUUUGGUAAGACAAGUAGCGCUUAGAAAAUCCUUUUUUUGAAAAUUUACCAUUAUCUUAUCAGAAUCUGCCAACCUAAAGAACAAAUUUUUAAGUUCACCACUUGGUCAUAUUCAUAACAAAACUCUCAAAUAAGCAUAUUUCCAUUUUAUUAUUGAAAUAAAUAUGGGCAUUUUCACUCUAAAAAAUAAAG